ACUUUUAUGUAGCAAAGAAUCAAAUGAUAGCAGGUUUUGAUUCUCUGUUUUCAGUGAUGCAAACUUCACGUUUGCUAAAAUGCCCAGCAUAAUUCUUUUUAAUAGCUAGUUUUUAUUGGUUGCUUGGUUGUGUGGCGGAGCCACCAUGGGUCACUGGGGUCAAUCGACCCCUUGGAAGGGAAACCGUGAAAAAGGCUGUGGAGAUCCUGGUGCGAGCUUCGCCAUGUUUCAGCAGCAGCAGCGAGUUGCCUAGCUGGUUGGUAUCAUAGAGCUUCACACGCCAUCAUUCAUGGAUUUGAUGAGCUCAAUGGACCGGUUUGGAGAUGGAAAAUUGUUGCCUAGGUGCCCCUAGUUUAUGCCAAUUUUGCUUGAGAUCUCUGCAACUGUCAAGUGGAAACAAAAAAGGAGUUAAUGGAAACAUUAAAGGGGCACUCAUAUUUAGCAAUCAGCAAAGUGAUGAUUUUAAUUUAUAUGGUCUCACAAGCUUACAUGAAAGACCCAGGAGAGGAAACAGAAACCAAAGCGAUGAGGUGGGAUUUGUUCACCCAUCCCAGUUUUUCAAGCUGAACGAAGAGGCAGGUCAUUCCUUACCCUCAUCUGACAGCUCAGCUGAUGAAAAUUCAGUUUUUUGGAAUGAGGAUCAUAAGUUGGGGAUUUCAACCCAAGUUCUUCUUCCAUUAUAUAAGGCAUCUAAGGAUGCGUUUAUGACAGCCAAUAGACAGUUUAAGGAACUGAACAGCACCUCUGAUGUAUCUGGGGCUGAGAAUUCUCUAUGUACCUCACCGUCUUUGGAUGACAGUAUUGAAAGUGCCGUCAUGAAGCAUAGCAGGGCUCUUUUGUUGCUAAGUUGUGAUUUCGGCACUGCAUGGCAUUCCAGGAAGAUCGUGGUGUUGGAGAAGCAUGAGCUCUCAUCAUUACUGGAUGAACUUCUCUUGUCAGCACUUGUUCUUUCAUAUUCACCUAAGUCUGAGUAUGCUUGGAGCCAUAGGAAGUGGGUUAUCAAAUCAAUUUCUGAAAAGUGUUCAACUCUGCCAGAGAUUGUGACCAAAGAGUCUGAGCUGGUGGAGAAAAUAGCUGAGAGGUCAAAAAUGAAUUACCGUGCAUGGAAUCAUCGUUGCUGGUUGGUUUCCUACAUGACAAGAGAACAGUUGCUACAUGAAUUAAAGAGAUCCAGAAACUGGGCCAACUUGCAUGUUGCGGAUCAUAGUUGCUUCCAUUAUCGUAGUCAGCUAAUGCUUAAGAUUUUAGAGGACCGAUGCUAUGAACAAGAAAUAUCAUCUUCUGGUUACAGUGUUGAAAUAUAUCUACUGUGGAAGGAUGAACUUGAUUGGGAUGAAAUGCUGAUAAAGCGCUACAUAGGAAGAGAGGCUCUAUGGCUUCAUCGCCGCUUCCUUUCCUUAUUUUGGAUAAAGCAUUUCUUAACUGAUCACACUGGUCUGUCCGGCCAUGGGAAGCAGAAAACCAGCAUGAAUAAUGACUUCAGCGUAUUUAUGGAUAAUGAGUUACAUCUCCUCCACUCCUGCUCAAUCAUUCCAGAUAAUAGCUUUGACGAUUACCAAGCACAGGCUAUGCAUUCUGCUACUUACAUGUUAUGGUUGAUUAAGCAAAUCCCUGAUUCUUGUUGGAUUGAAUUACAAGAGAAGCUCAAAACAGAAAAUCUGAAAGCUCUGCUGAAUAAGGUGUGCCCAGAAAGGUCCUCAACUUGGCAUUGUUUAAUGGGCUACGUUGAAGCAUCUGACCAUUAAAUGAGGGAGAGUUAGACCCUGGAUCAAUUCUUAAUCUUGACCGAUCUCCCGAUAUGUUACAUCACCUUUUAAUACAUACGCCCAUAUUGUUAAAAGGAUGUUGUAUUAUCUUGAUUGCUGAGUAUCAGAGCAGCCUUGCAAAGAACUGUGUUAACGGAUGUAUCCAAAAUUUACUUUACUAAUUUUGCGUUGUAUAAGGAAAGGAUAUAUCAGAGACUUACAAUAAAAUCAUGGCAUGUUAACGGACA